GAGAGAGAGAGAGAGAGAGAGAGAAAGAGAUCCCUCGCCGUUUCGCCAUUCGUGCUUCGCCAAUCGAUGCAGCGUGUCCGUAUCGCGUUAGACUUGGAGGUCUUCCAUCGAGAUUUUCGCGGCACGUUUGUAAUGUAGACGUUUCUCGCGAGGCACGCAAGGCGAGCUCCGGAAAACGAGUUUGGAACCAACGUUUGUUCGGCCGAAAACCAUUAUGUUUUCGACGUGAUGGCACGUCACGAAUAUCUGUGAUCGGUUGUUUCUUUUUCGGAGAAGAUAAAAGAUAAUGUGAAAGAUUUCAAAAGUGUGAUUUCAAGCAGAGCAGAGAAAUUUCAAAAUUCUUUCAAUCAAAAUGCCGAUGGAAUUUUUAGAGCGGUUACCCAUCCCGAAUUUCCGGGUGUAUACCGCCAUAAGUUUCACCAUACUAUCCUGCUCUAUAUAUUAUGCCACUCAAAUAAUCAAGGAUCCCGCUUGGAGAACGAAUCAUACGCACGUCGAUGUGGGAGCCCACCCUGGAAACGACAUAGAUCUGACCGAUUCGAGAAGCCUUGGCACACAUUUCAAGGAACUUGUAGAAUGUAUGGUGGCGGAACCUAUCUGUGUUUGGACUUUAAUCAACAUGGCCUAUUGCAUGUUGAUUCUUCUUGGCAAAACUAUCCAGAAACUUGUAUUUGGUGAAUUACGUGCUUCAGAGAGCCAACAUUUGAAAGACAAGUUCUGGAAUUUCAUUUUUUACAAAUUUAUCUUCGUUUUUGGAGUUUUGAAUGUACAGUACAUGGAUGAAGUUGUACUCUGGUGGGCAUGGUUUAUGGCGCUCGGCUUUCUGAGUCUUCUUAGCCAACUUUGUAAAGAUCGAUUCGAAUAUCUGUCCUUUUCACCUACCACGCCAGGAUGGAGUCACGCGCGACUUCUUGGAUUAUUGGCGGCAAUUCUUGUGCUAUCUUCCUUUAUGCUUCUAUUCUGCAUUGCUGCAGCUUUCUUCUUUAUAUCUUUCAACACUUUUGCUUUUAUGGCAGCUGAGUGUAUUUUACUCGGAGUUCGUACGAUUCAUGUAAUGCUACGUUACGUGAUUCAUCUGUAUGAUACUCGUGGUGCCGGUACCUCGGCGCAACGUUCUUGGGACAAACGUGGUCCCUUGACUUACUACACAGAUUUGAUUUCGGAAUUGAUUGUACUGGCAGUUGACUUCUUUCAUCAUGUUCACAUGCUUCUAUGGAGCAAUAUCUUUUUGAGUAUGGCAUCGCUAGUGAUUUGUAUGCAAUUGAGAUAUCUGUUUUAUGAGAUACAACGGAGAAUCACAAAACAUAGAAACUAUUUGGCUGUAUUAAAUCAUAUGGAGCAAAAUUAUCCAAUGGCUUCACAAGAUGAACUAGCCGAGAAUUCUGAUAACUGCGCAAUAUGUUGGGAAAAGAUGGAAAGUGCUCGCAAGUUACCCUGUACGCAUUUAUUUCACAACUCGUGCUUACAAUCAUGGUUAGAACAAGACACAUCAUGUCCCACUUGUCGAUUGGGUUUGAGUAUGCAAGCGAAUCAUAGAGAGAUCGCUCCAGAGAUGCCACUCGAGCCACAGACCCCGACAAGAAGAAAUGGUAAUCAUUUCUUCCUCUUUCUCGAUGCUUCGAGAUACGUGUCUUGGUUGCCUAGUUUCUCCGUCGAGGUCUCGCACAAUAGAUUACGUGGUAACAUAUCUACGUUGGCGCACACUAAUUCUCUGAUGGAUGCUAUGGCAAGACAGGUACAACAACUUUUUCCUCAUUAUCCUCGCAAUAUAAUCCUAGAAGACCUUAGAAUGACUCGGUCGGUUGAAUGGACAAUUGAGAAUAUACUCGAUGGGAUAUUAACUAUACCACAUCAUUUAAUCGAAGAACCGGAAGGAGAAUCCGUCCCACAAAUGCAAACGAUGAAUGUUACCAUGCCCAGCUCUUCGAUCCAAAAUUCAUUGGAUCCUAGAUUCGAUAUUCCAUUUGCCGACAGUGGAGAAGAACCUUCGAGUCUUGGUGGUCGUUUUUCAAAAUCGUCCACUGAGAGAGAACUUAUACUUCAACGACGAAAAGAGCAUAUGCGAUUAACAGCGCGCAGAAGGUAUUUGGAAAAACAUCGAAAAUCCGAGAUUGAUUCGACAAAUUCGCAGAAAACGAAUACUGAAAAUACUACGUCGUAGAUAUAAGCAGAGAUACCUGUUGAUACGAUUUCGACUUUAGAUUGCGCAAACCUCAUAGUUGACAUUAAAUUGACGGGCUAUAUCUUCUUUUUUGGAUACGAGACGGAACGUACAUGUAUACUCUUUGCUGAUGACUGAUUAUGAAAAUACAGCAAGAGCAUAUUGAAGAUCUCCUUGUGUAUUUAAAAGUUAGUGCUCUUAACGUUCUCAGAACGGCAACUUGAAGUCACAGCCAAGAGAUUAGGCGCGACUUUUAUGAAUAUCGAAAGGUUGUGAAUGGUAUAUACACGAACGAUUAGAAUUGAACUAAUUACUCAAUACCAUCAAAUUGUGAUGAAAGCUAUAAUAAAACGACUAAACUGUAACAGAGGAAGGUAUUGAGAUUUUUAUGUGACUUAUUUAAAUAUAGACUGGUGGUAAAACAUUAAAUGUCUACAGCAAUGUUUAAUACAUGCUUUUCAGAAAAAAGUUGUUGGUGAAUAAUCUUAUCGGAUUUUUAACAAGUCCAGUCCAGUUUCUAAUAGAUUAAAAUCCUUGCUUUAAAAUUUUUUAUCUUAUAUAAUUUGUGCAACAAUCUUUAUAAAAAUUUAUAAAUGGAUUAAAAAACGGAUAGAAAGAGAAAGAAAGAAAAAGAAUUCUGGUAAAAUAGUUACAGUAAAUGUUAAUUUAAUGUUGUAUGUGUUUAGUGCCAUAAAUGAAUUGAAAUGACAUGUGCCAAUUUUAAUGAGUAUAGAUUCAGUUGCGCUCGUUAGAGUUCUAGUAGCUGUUUCUAAAAAAAAAAAACAAAAAAUGUAUGAACAUAUAAAAAAAUUGGACAUGUAUGCAUAAAAAUAUAUCUACUGACUAAUAAAACGCAGGCAAUGAUUAAUGAUUUAUCGAUAAAAAGAAUAUAAGACACAAGAUUCUUAAUUCAGAAGUACAACUAGCUAUACUAUGUUGUGCCUGUAACCAAGUUGAAUUUAAGAAAUGUACAUGCUUAUGAAUCUAUUAAGAAAAGAAGAAAUUCUCUAAUUUCAGGC